GACUGACAGUUUGUAGAAAGGUCGACGAAAAAUACGCAGAAAGCUCUUUUUGUUUUAUUGUGAUUACUGUAAUCAAUCAAGUGCAAAAAAAUCUAAUCAGUGUUUUCUGAAUCAUGACGUAAUAAUGAAUCAAUAAAACACCCAGAAUCUCAUUGUCUCGUUCUUUUCAAUCAAAUUAUUUUAAGAUUCAUUUCUUCUAAAAAUUUAACCAUCCUGAUUCUACAGAAACUAGGAAGAAAAUGAAUUCUGCCAUAAUUAUUCUAGUCACAUUUGCUACUUGCUUCAUAUCCUCAUCAUCAGCUCGUAAUACUCUACAAGUAUCAGAACAAGAUCUGAAAUUUGAAAUAAAUGAAAAUGGAACAUUUUCAUUGUCUACCAGUGCACCUGUAUCAGAGAGCAUUGCCAUAUGGUUCAGCUAUUCGGAAGACAGCAAUCUAUAUCCUUUACCCAAUAACUCAGUAAUUGAGAAUGGAACAACAGGAGAUUUAAAAUUCACUGUAAGAGCAUUUAAGGCUGGCCAUACAACCAUUAUGAUCCAUGCGUCACCACCUAUUAUUAAUACAAAAGAUGCAUUUGUAAGAGUAGGUGUCUAUAAAUCAUAUGGAUGGGUUGUGAUGAGCACUAUUGUUGGUUGGAUAUAUUUUAUUUGCUGGUCAGUUUCUUUUUACCCACAAGUAAUUGAAAACUACCGUAGAAAGAGUGUUGUAGGUCUGAAUUUUGAUUUUUUGGGACUAAAUUUGACUGGGUUUAUUGCCUACUCUGUUUUCAACAUAGGUCUUCGUUAUAUUCAAGAAGUAAAGUUGGAGUAUCAUACUGCACAUCCUACUGGUGUAAUCCCUGUAGAAGACAAUGAUGUGGGAUUUUCUGUUCAUGCUACUUUUAUUACUGCUGUUACUAUUGCCCAGUGUUUUAUUUAUGAGCGUGGUGAUCAAGUAAUCGCUAAAUCUACAGUUGCAGUAUUAGCUCUGGUAUGGUCAACUGCUGGUGUAUUCCUGUUGCUUACAUCUCUACAUGUAAACAAAUACACACCAUGGCUGACCUUUUUAUAUUUUUUCUCAUAUGUGAAACUUGGUGUAACACUCACUAAAUAUAUUCCACAAGUUGUUUACAACUAUAAACGAAAAUCAACUGUUGGAUGGAGUAUUGGAACAGUUUUAUUGGAUUUUAUUGGAGGUUUAUUCAGUAUUGGACAGAUGUUCAUUGUUUCUGCUAAUUUUGAUGAUUGGUAUUCUCUUAUUGGAAAUUUCACUAAAUUUGGAUUAGGAAUAGCUUCCAUUUCUUUUGAUGUUAUAUUUAUGGUUCAACAUUUCUGCUUAUAUAGACAUAGUCCAUCAUCUACAGAUUCCAUGGAUGAUUCCCUGAUAUCAUAAAUGCUUCUAAAAAUAUUUCGUAAUGAAAUAUUAUUUAUUUUGAUGAUCUGCAUCAUGCUUAUUUGUUCCCUGGACAUUCUCCCUAGAGAAUUUUUAGAUCAUUUCAGUUUCUAAUUUAUUUCUUUGUACUGCAUUCUUUUUUACACAUGCAUGCUCUUUGUGAUAUUAAAAAUGCUUGUUUUUGUUAAGUAGAUACAUUGUUUUGGGUUUUCCCAAUUUCAUGAUUAGAGAAUAUUAUGUUUGAUGUAAAUAAGUGAUAGAAUACUUAUGUAUUUCAUUCCAUGUGAUAAUUAUGUUCACAGUUCAAUAGAAUUUUGUCUGAUGUGUAAACAAUUUACAGUAAUAAGGUCAUAGUUAAAAAAAAAAAAAAGAUUGAAAAUUCUGUUUUAUAUUUUUCAAUUACAUGUACUUAAGAAGUACAUAUUUCUCAAAUUUUAUCAAUUUACUAUUUAUUCAUUGAUGACAUACAAUCAUUAUUAAUUUAUACCUCUCAAUCUGAGUGCAAACAAAUCCAAUUUGCCACUGUUAUUUCUCAUCGAAUUUUUAAAAUAUUUGUUAAUUUCAUGAAAAUUAUCAAAGCACAGUUUAUUAUAGUUAAAUAAGUACUUCCAAGAUUAUCUAAAAUCUUGAGAAAUUGCAAUGACAUUUGUAGUAGUGAAUAUAUCAAAAAAUUCUUUUAAACAUCUUGCAUGUAUUUAUUUAGUUAGUUGCAGUGUAUUUUGUUCAAAGAUUUACUUGGAAUAUUACUGUUGUUGAUGUAGGAUAUCUCUAAAUGAUCUGUACAUUUCAAGUGCAGAUUACCUGAUGUUAUUCUUUCCUAGUGCUUGUAGCUCAAUUAUUUAUUAUUGAUCUAUAAAUGUCUUUUAGCUUUAAUAAAAAUCUCAACAAAUGUU